AUGUCUACCUGGGACACCCCCGAAAAUCCGCCCCCUGCGGCGAACAGUCACAGUGAAAGCCACGCCAAUGGUACUUUCGACACCGGAGCGAUGCAAGCUGCCAUCGUGGAUGCCGAUGCAAGCAAUAGCGCUGCACAAGCCGGCCGUGUCGAUCCUGAAAACUCUCGCCGUGCCCGCGAACUCGGUUGGGUCGAGCCACAGUCCUUCGACUAUGGUGCCCGUGCCCCUACUACUGUUCUUCACGCAGAAGAGCCCGUCGACGAGGAGAAUGGUGAUGAAAUGGUUAGCAGACAUCAGAGCAGCACUUGGGCGCAUGAUGCAGCCAAGUACGAGUGGGACGCCGAAUACGGUGACGUUGGACCGAGAAAUGAGAAGCUUGAGGCAGAAUUGUUUCGUGCCGACUUUCACAAUCGUGCUGGUGAAAAAUUCAAGAACCUCAUCACAGUCAAGGUCAUCGUCGAGUCCAAGACCCGGGUCGAACCCAUCCAAGACUUCAAGAGCGCCGGACUGCAUCCCGUCAUGUUGGAGAACGUUGAACUCUGUGGCUACGAAUUCGCUACCCCCAUCCAAGCAUACGCAAUUCCUGCUGUCAUCACCGGUCAUGACAUGAUUGGUGUUGCCCAAACUGGUUCUGGCAAGACCGCUGCGUUCUUGGUUCCAUGUAUCUCCCAACUCAUGGGAAAGGUCAAGAAGCUUGCUGCGCCUCGUCCCAAUUUGGCUGUGGGCUUCGACCCUGCUCGUGAUCGUGUUCGCGCCGAGCCCCUGAUCCUUGUUGUGGCACCGACUCGUGAGCUUUGCUGCCAGAUCUUCGACGAAGCUCGUCGUCUCUGUUAUCGUUCCAUGAUGCGGCCCUGUGUUGCUUACGGCGGUGCUCCCAUCCGUGACCAGGUUGCUCAAUUGGCUCGAGGUUGUGAUCUUCUGGUUGCGACUCCUGGGAGACUGCUCGAUUACAUGAGUCGACCCGACAUCCUUUCUCUGUCCCGCGUUCGGUAUACCAUCAUCGAUGAAGCUGAUCAGAUGCUUCACUCCGACUGGGAGGAGGAUAUGGCCAAGAUCAUGGGUGGAGGUGACGCCAAUGAGGAUGGUGAUCACCGGUAUCUCUUGUUCUCCGCGACCUUCCCCAAGCGUCUGCAGAGAUUGGCGGCCAAGUUCUUGGACACUGAUCAUAUUCACGUCAGUAUCGGUCGUACUGGUUCAACUCACGCAAACGUCAAGCAGCAGGUCCUAUGGGCGGACCAGGACAAGAAGAUGAGAGCUCUCUAUGACUUACUCAUCUCAAUGCCUCCCUCUCGUACUCUCGUCUUUGUGCGAUUCAAGAAGACUGCAGACUUCGUCGAUGAUUACCUUUUCAACCUGGGAUUGCCGUCAACCUCAAUUCAUUCCGACCGUACUCAGAUUGAACGUGAAGAUGCCAUUCGUUCGUUCAAGGCCGGACAGUCCCCAAUCCUCGUCGCUACUGGUGUUUCUGCUCGUGGUCUCGACAUUCGUAAUGUCAUGCAUGUCAUCAACUUCGAUUUGCCAUCUGCAGAGCAUGAUGGUCAGAACGAGUACAUUCAUCGCAUCGGUCGAACUGCUCGUAUCGGGAACGAGGGUCUUGCUACUUCAUUCUACAACGAGAGAGAUGAGCCGAUGGGUGAAUUUCUCACCAAGAUCCUCAUGGAAACCAACCAAGAAGUGCCCGACUUUCUUCAACACUUCAAACCAGAAGAUGGUGUUCUCAACUUCGACGAAGACGACGAGGAAGAAGACCAAGACACGAUGACCACUGACGGCGGUGCGAGCGGUGGUGCUUGGGGCUCUGGUGGAGAUUCUGGCAAUGCUGGCAAUGUUGGAGGCGCUGACGCGGACAAUACUGCUGCUGAUAGCUGGGGCACUGGCGGUGAUGAUGGUGCUUCUGGCAAUCGUGGUGGUUGGUGA